GUUGGGUGCGAACCAAGCGAGGCGACAUGUCGAAAGGGGACAAAACUCGAAGAGGCGGUCCUGUCUGCCAAUCAAAGCCGGUUAUACGAAAGAAAACUCUGGAACUCAUCCCCAUCCGUCGCCGGACUGCGACUCCGUCGUCGGCUCUCCGCUCCGCCGAAUCGGGUACUCCUUCUCCUCUUCUUCUUCUUCUGUGCACUGGUGCGCAUCCUUAGAGAAGGCGUUUCGGUAAAGUACCUUGAAAUUUCAAGCGCUGAGGAGUUUCGCAAAGUUGGGAUGUCAUCAUGAUUCACCUGUUUCUUUCAAAACCCAACGCUAAUGAUAAAGGAGAUAGUGACUCUGCCGAGGCGAUUAUCCCUCUCUUGCAUCAGUUGGGAACUGUCAUCUGGUCAACAAUCGUGUCUUCUGGAGCUAAAUCGGAGGCUCGACUAUGGCUUUGCAAAAGUGUAUCACUGAUGACACCGUUGUCUCCGCGUGAUCAGCGAGAUCUAUUCAGGAACAUGCUGAGAUCUAAGUCAGUAAAUCUGGAGUUGGCUUCACAACUCUUGCAAAUGGUAUUUGAGAAGAGACCGCGCUUGGCAGGUUCAAUCCUAGCCAAGAGAAGCCACACGCUGGAGAAUUUUUUCAAAGACAAUGCAGGAAAUCCAAGGCGUAUAUUAAAGUGGUUUUCUAACUUUGAUGCUGGUGGUGGGUCAGAUCACAAAAAUGGAGCAAAGGCCUUGUCUCAAUUUGCUUUUGUUAAUCGUGAUAUUUGUUGGGAGGAACUUGAGUGGAAGGGAAAGCAUGGUCAGUCACCUGCAAUGGUCGCCACCAAGCCACAUUACUUUCUUGAUUUGGAUGUUUUGAGGACAGUUGAGAACUUUGUUGAAUACGUGCCUGAGUUUUGGUCUUCCAGUGAGUUUGCUGAGUCUCUGAAAGAUGGUGAGAUUUUGUCUCUGGACACAAAAUAUUUUGUUGAACUUUUCAUUGGAUUGAUGUAUAAGGAUGACUCGAGAGAUGUAUGGGGAGCUGUAGAUGAUUUUCUCAGGGAUGCGUCGUUCUCCUCUCUAUGUAACCACCUUCUUAUUUCUCUCCAGGAGAGUGAACUUCUCAUUUUCCUGAGAUCGCUUAGCAAAUCUUUCAGCUCACCUGUAGAAAAUAUGGAACUUGGCAACUCGUCCUGCUGGUUAGAAAUUGUCCUCUCCAAGUGCAAAGAUUUUGCAUCUAUAGAUCAAUUACUCCUGUUAAAUAUGGUUGUUAAUCAAGGUCGCCAGCUUCUGCGCCUCAUGCAAGAUGAAGAGUGUCAGGAGGAAAAGGAAAAAGUGGAAGAUAUAGUGUCGCAGAUUGUUAAUGCCUCAAGCAUUUCAGGCAGCUUUGCUGCAAUCCUGGAUGGGUGCCUUGGCAUUCGAACCCUUGAUGUGGUGAAGCUGUUGGGACUUUACUCUUGGGUUAUUCAUUAUGUACUUUCCAAAGAAUGUCAGACCUUGGAGUCGUGGGAGUCUUUGUUUAUAAGGAAUGGGAUUACUUUUAGGAAAUCUGGUACAUAUUCAAUCCUGGAAUAUGAUAGAAUAAAACAGGAAGAAAAUUGGUCUAGGUUGGAUAAUAAAUCACCAGGUGCUAUUCAUUCAAAGAAGAAGGAGAAAAGGAGAAAGAAAAGGAGGAGGGCUGUUGGCUUCAAUGAUGAUGUCAGUGAUGAUGAUGAUCUUUUUGUACGGGAUGAUGGGCAGGACAUGCAAUCACGGACCAUAAGUUGGCUGCUUUCCACAGACGGUUUUUCCACUCCAUGGACCAUGCCAGACUUGCCAGAGCAUCUUGCUAAGCACUGCUUGUCUGUUUGGAUGAAGUGGGUUUUCACAAAACAAACUGAUGCAGCCUAACAUGUUUGGUCCCACAUUACUGGCUGUCACAGGUUGCUCCAAAACUAUGGUUCUAACCUCAUUGAAUAUUCUGAGUUCCUAUUCUUUUUAUGAACAGGUGCACCAGCAGGCGGUUAACAAAAGUUAAUUUCUUCAAAAGCCUUGCCCCACAUCCCUUGGAGCCUAAUAGUUUGGAUUGGGGGUUUCAUUUUGACAUGAUCGGAUUGAACCUCUUCUGAGAAUGGUGCCGUGACUGAGCUUGGUCAUAUUAUACGGAAGAUAGGAUGUAGUCUGCUCCUGCAUGAUUGGCCCAACAACAUGCUGUUUGAAGUAGUUCAUUGGAAUGUAUUUGUGGGGUGGACAUGGUGCCGACUUUUUUUUUAGGUCCAUGCCGUGUAGAUUCUUGUAGCCUAUUGUAAAGAGCAAGGUAAUGAUAGUAAAGGUAAAUCUAGUUGAGUUGUUUGUCACUUACAGUGUAGCUGCGGCUCAUGAUUAAUGGAUAUUGGUCAAUGGCACAUUUGAGCCAGUGAUUAGAUGCGGUCAACUUGUCAUUUCUUUGUUUAAUUUCUUCCUAAGUUGGGCUCUUUUCAUUUGUUUCAGUUUUCUUCAGUGGAUACUAAGCCGAAGUUUGACUUCCGAGUGUCCAUGUGUAGUUACCACUUGAUUUUUGGAUCACGACCAUUAAUAGCCACGGAUGCCGGUAUGAAGCCGUCCGGAGGUUGUGAAGAACUGCACCGUACCGCACCGGUAUUGGGUUCUUUGGAUCAGGUUGAAUCUAGGUCGCAUGGAAUGUAUGGACUGAUUGCCGAAUUCUGCCCAAUUCGCCCAAGACUUGAUGUGGUCAAGAUAUUCUCAAGAAGGGCUGGUCGACGAAAGCAGAGCGAGCGGCCAUGUUCUAGCUUUUGUCGUGCAAUAUUCCUAGCUUGGAGAAGUGAUAUUUCAGAGACUACGUUCACGAGUUCUGUGACUUUAAACUACUUUAGUCAGUGUGUAGAGAGUCCAAAGACCAUAAUUAAUGUAGAAUGUACACAUCUUUUUUUUU